CCCUCAGUGCUAGUACGGUUUGCGGCUUAAGCGCCGCCGCGGUCUGAGGAAUGUCAACUAUUCAACAUGGAGGCGGAGGUCGAUAAGCUGGAACUGAUGUUCCAGAAGGCUGACUCUGAUCUGGAUUACAUUCAGUACAGGCUGGAAUAUGAAAUCAAGACUAAUUAUCCUGAUUCAGCAGGCAAGAAAAAUCCUGUUACACUCUUAAAGGAAUUGUCAGCAAUAAAGUCUCGAUAUCAAACUUUGCACGCACGCUUUAAACCAAUUGCUGUCGAGCAUAAAGAGACUAAGAGCCGCAUUUGUGCUACUUUCAAUAAGACUAUGACCUUGAUACAAGAACUACAAAAGCAAACAGACCUGAAGCUGUUACCACUGACUGAAGAAGAGAAAACUGCGGCAGAGCAAUUAAGAGCUCACGUGUCAGACUUAUGAUGAAGAAAUGGACUUGCAAAAGGGAACUCUAAUGGGGAAGAGAUCAAUUCCAGAGAGAUUUAGGAAGCUGUCCUGUUAGCAUUUGAUGACUGUUGGUCGGGGGAUGACAAAGGAGAUUUGGCUUGGGUUACUGGAUAGUGAUGCCUUCCACGAGAGAGGGGAAUACGAGAAGGGCAGAUAUUGUACACAUAAUGUUCAGCCAAAGGGAUGGAAUGGAAAUAAAGAGAUUUACAAAUAUAUAUGCAUAUACACUUAGUCUUGUAAUUUCAGGCAAGUAAGUCUCAACACCAUUUUGUAUCUGUUUUUGUAUAAUCAGGAUAACACGGAUGUCCUGGCCUAUUGUAAAAGAAAAUUAUUUACUAUCAGUCAGUCAAAUGUGAAUGAACAUGCUUUGGAAAUGAAAGGAUAGAAAAAAAUUUGUAUUAUGUUAUACAUAUGUAUAUAAUUUUAUUAUUGAAAAUUCUGAUUGCAGAUGUGGUCACAUUAUUGGUGAGACUGCUAAUGUGUGACUUAACAGUCUGCCAUAAAACCUAACUUAGUAAUAAGCUGGCUUUUCUGUGACAGCCUCACGUUUAUCUUUGUCCUAUUCCCUCUUCCUGCUAAUGUUGAACAGCAUGAGCUCUGCUUUCAAACGCGGUUUUAGAUUGUCCCUGUUAUACUUCAAUACUACCUUUGUUCUCCUCUGGUCUAUAUUACUGUAAUUGUUCAUUCUACUGUAUAUGAAAGCUAAGAAACUGAAAUGAGAGGAUCACUGGCAACCGCUACUUGCCAGUUUGUUUUGUGUGUGCGCGCGCGCGUCAACUUCCCUAUUUAUUAAAAAAAAGAAAAAACUAAUGACAAGUAAAUAUGAAAGUAAAUCAUGGUAUAUCUAUACAACAGAAGGUCAAGUUACCAGUAAAUUAUUACUGGUAUUAAUGUUCUGGGAAAUGCUAAAGCUAUGCUAAAUAGGUAAGAGGAGAAGCAGAUAUUGUAGCUUUGUCGUCAAGAUUGGGCUUUGGGCUCAUACCGGAUAUGUAAACACAGGUUUUAAAUUCUAGCUGUACGACCCUAAGCAAACCACUUGACUUGUGUGUGUCAGGAUGGCUGGAAGCACAAAAAGAUGGUAAACUAUUAGGGUUUGAUAUUUAGUAAUCCUUCAAUAAAUAUUUCUAUAUAUGUCAUAAAAACAAGGCAUUGAAAGAUUAGGAAAAGUGUAUCAAAUGUUAGUUUUACAGGUUAUAGAAUUAUACUUUAAUGUAAUUUUAAAAGAAUUUUUUCUGUUAUUAACAAACAUAAUAGCUGACAGACAGGGUUGGAAGAGUAGCUUCAGUUAAAGUUGUCUUGUCUCUUCUGAAUAUCUGGAGAACAGAAAGUAACCGCCCCCCCUUUUAAAUUACAGAUAAAUAAGUCACACCUUAGUAACAGAUUUUUUUUUCUUCAGUACUCAGGCAAUUAAUAUUGAGGAAGUUCCUGUCAUGGUAUGGCUCUGUGAUGUGAUGGUGAUGGUGGGAUUGAAAAAUGGUGGUAUCAUGAAGAGGUCUUAACAAGUUACUGGUGUUAAAGGGUUUUGCUUUCAAUCAGAAAAAAAACUAGAUUGUACUGUUUUUCCUCUAUGACUUCCUUCACAAGUUACCUUCUAAAUGUUGGUUCUUCCCCUCAUCCCUCUUAAAAUUGCUCUUGUUUAUAUAUUCAUUUAUUGCCCUUUUGGGGAAUGAUUCCCAAGUAUAACUUAUUUCACUAGAUCUAGAUCCAAAUUUCCAAUAAAAAUCUCUACCUGAAUAUUCAAGUUGAACAUGUCCAGAAUACUUAACUGAUUUUCUUAUUUUAUUAACAGCAACUAUUCUGUUAGCUGGAAUUAAAGUUUGCAUCCCUUUAUCUUCUUAGUUAAUAAAAUCUAUAAUUCUUUGAAA